CUUAUAUCAUAGUGCGUGCAUCACACUAGGCUUUGACCUCUAGCUAUGUUCAGAGCAGCCAGCUUUGUGACUCUGGCGGUCGUCGCGCUGUCGGCGGCCUCGGUCUGCGCGUCGGUCAAUACGCGCUUGACCACCCUCGAGCAUGCCUUCGAGCUGAUCGUGUAUCGAGACCCUGCUGCGAGCUCUGGCGCGUGCGGCACCGUCCAGUUACGCGAGUUUGGGACGUACAAGGGCCUCUCGUCGAUUCCAGGGGGUGUGCAUAUAGAGAACCUCACCUCGGAGCCCCCAAGGAUUCGUGCAUACUCUCAUGACGCAGAUGCUCUCUGGACUGAAGCUCGCAAGCUUUGUGGAGAUCCGAGCGAGUGGGACUUCCCCGUGCUCGUCGACUCCCAUACAUCGACCGCUGCUCGGUUUGAUGCACAGCAACAGACCGUGUUUACGUCGCCCAAGCUCGCGAUCGGAGCAGAGUUGCAGUAUCCUCCUCUGGAAGUGCACAAAAUUGUGCAGUCCGGGCCGUCGACGAACCGCGUCGACCUAAUGUUCUUUUCGGACGGAUACCUUGCCUCUGAAAAACAGAAGUUCCUCGACGAUGCCACCAAGCUGGCACUCGAAAUAUCCGCAAACCAGACAUUCGAUACCGUUCAACCUCUCCUGAACUUCUGGGCUGCGUUCUCACCCAGCAACGAGCACGGAAUCGGCACGUUCGGGAAGCCCAAGGACACCCCUUUUGGACUCUACCGUCCUGGUACAGAGCUUCGCGGCGUUCUCUACAGCAAGCCAGAUCAAGCUCGCGCAGCCUGCCUUUCCCAAAGCUCAAGAUGCGACUACCCCAUUCUGCUAGGCAAUGACCCGCUUUACGGUGGACUUGGAGGGCAGUUUACGGUUAUCACGCCAUCUGAGGCAAACGGAGCUCUCAUUUUGAGACACGAGCUUGGUCAUUCUGUCAUCCCGGUCGGCGAGGAAUAUGACGGCGGGUACGCUUACUUCGGCGUCAAUGCCAACCACGACCGCGAUCUCAAGCACGGCCCGAGCUGGUCUCAUUGGCUCACUGAUCCGCCCUCCGCUUCGCGACCGGUGCGCGUGGAACGCUCGGUGAUGCCGCUCCAGGACUAUGCCUGGGCGAUGCUGAACACCUCCACGCCCUGGUCCGCUACUUUCACAUCCUCCGGGACGUACUCGCGAUACCUUGUCCGGUUCUCCAUCUCAGGUGUUCCCUCGGCGGAGGAGUUGACUGUCCUGUUUGACGGAAGGGACCUCAACUGGGAGCCAAAGGAGAACAUUGGUGUUGACAGAUACCACUAUGAUGUCUACAACGACACCAGUCUGAAGGCAGGAGAGCACAUUGUCACGUUUAUCCUCAACAGCAAGGAACGCGAGAAGGCGAACACUGCUCAACUGUGCAACGUCGAGAUCCUCGAGUUCGGCGAUGAAAGCGAAUUUGUGUCUAAACCCGGAUACUAUGGUGUAUUCCCCACUUUCUCGGAUAAAAAUGAGACUUCGUACCGCCCCACCAACGAGGAUUGCCUCAUGCGUCAGGUAACCACGCCGGACUUCUGCAGCGUCUGCACGGAAGGCCUCUGGCUCGCGCUCGCACGGCGCGUCGAGUUCGUCGAUGAUAUCACUACCUCGUGCACGAAGUACUCUAACAAGUGGAAGCGCACGAUCGAGCUCAAUCUCGUCCCGUUGGCUCAGUUCAGGGUGGGCGAAGCAGGAAAGAAGCACGCUGUCGAGAAUGCGGAGAAGUACGAAGUGAAAUGGACGAAGGACGGGAAACACGUUGCGGAGUGGGACGGCCUCACGAAAGUGGAGGUGGGCGACGAUGGCGGGGCGGCGAUCGGGACGUACAGCGUCGAGGUGGCGUUCUCCACCCACGAGGUGAGGAAGGACGUUGAGGAGUUCCUGAAGACUACUGGCGAGUUUGCGGUCAGUGAACGGUGUGGAUAGUGGAAGG